GUCAGUAUAUUUAAUAUUAGCGUUCAAGAAUAAUAUCUUUAUUUAAAAACACGUAUACCGUCACAUAAAAUAUUUCACUUUAUUUUUAGGUAUCAUCAGAUUAAAAUGGCAACUAUAAAAAAUUUAAUCAGGUUUUUUAUACUAGUUAUUUUCUGUAUGAACAUCGUUAAAGGAGUUCCUGAUAUAACUAAGAAUGAUCUUAUAGAAGCAGCACGUGCAAUUGAGUUGACCAAUAAAAUAAUAAAUCGAAUCAUUUUAUUAAAAGAUGGCAAUGUUAUAAGAUAUGCAGAUACAGAUGAAUUUUAUGAUGUGUUAAAAAAUAUAAUUUACAAAUUCAAAUCUCAAAAUUAUGUACAAUUGGUAACAGUAUUUAUUCCAUUAAAGAUAGAGCAAAUUCGAAAUACAGAAUAUUAUAACCAACAUGUAGCAAAACAAGAAUCUGUACUCCGCAGAUUUUUCAUUAAGGACUAUAGUAUUUCAGAUGAUGAUUAUAAAAUUUUUAUUAAAGAAUCGAAUGUGAAUUAUAUAGAUGCAGCAUAUAAUCGUGAAAAGAUAUCAAUGCUAGCUAUCCGUCAUUUACUUUACACAAUGCAUGCCACGGAAAAAAUAUGCAGCAAUGACAAUAUAAAGUGUAAACUGAUGGGGAUAGAAAAUCAACUUAAUACACAUAGUACAAAGACAAAGAGUGUACAAUGCACAGAAAAUGAGGUAUGCGAAGUGGAAUAUGAAAAGUACUCAAAAAAUAUAACCGAAAAAAGUUUUUUUAUAAAUUUAUGGUGUAAUGAAUUAAAUACUUAUUCUACAAUGAAAAAAGAUUUAAAUGGUGUGUUUAAAUACUAUUUACCCGAAGGAAACUAUUUGACAAAGUUAUAUUAUUUGGAAGGCUUUGAAGGAAAAGAAGAAGUAUUUGAAUUUAAAUAACUUAGAUUGUUUCACUAUUUAAACAAGUUUUUUUUUCUCAAAAUUAAAACAGAAACUAUUUUAAGUAAUUCAUGUUAUGAGACAUUCUUUUGUAUAAUUAUAUUUGUUUUAUUUAUUAUCAUAAUUUUAAUUAAAAAUAAUAGCUGUAAUAUGUUGUAAUAAUAGUAUUAACGUGACAAAAAUUAUGUUAUCAUCUUAUUACUUAUAUUAUUGUGUAUUAAAGGAAAAUAUUGUAAAAUUUGAUCACAAUUAAACUAUAUGUCAAUAAAAAUAUCUGGAAACACUAAUGAUGUUGGUCUCAUAAUUGAAUUUAAAAAAAAAAGUAUAAAAAGACGGGUAAACGGUGGUAUUAAAAAACACUCGCA